CAUAACUCAAUCCUAACCCAAUACCAGCUCCCGAUCCCAACCAGAGCCCUCCGGGGCCCGUGGGACAUGACCCUUACACGAGAUAAAAUAAUUCCUCGUCACACCAAACGAAUUGUAUUCUCAAUGCUUGUACAAUGCUACAACAUGAAAAGUUAGCAAAUUGUUGAAAAUACAAAAGAUCAAAAAAGAAAGAGUGGGCAGUAAUACCGGUCUACAGCUAAAAUCCAAACCCGCAAAGCAAGAAUAUCGUAGUAAUGAACCGGCCCUGAAAAGCAUUUGAGCCGGUUUAUCAGCGACAGACCGGAAGCGCGAUGCGGCAGAACUACUCUCAAUGACUAAUUUGGCAGACGAAGAAGAACUAUGAUUCUGGCUCAGGUACAAAGUGGAUAUGAAAUCUGAUGUUUGGAGUUGCAUUAAAGUGGUGUAAAUUUGAGAGAAAGAAAUGAAGGCGGGGAGUGCAGCAAAGCUGAUUGUUGACGCGUUGCUUCAGAGGUUUCUUCAACUUGCCAGGUGUUGCAUUGAAACCGCUCAAGCUCAGAUGGACAGUACCUUCGGCCAUCUGAUCCAGCCUAUGAGCAAGUACUGGAUUCAUUGGCCAUGGUUGCACGUCAAACACCUGUUCCUCUUCUGGAGGCCCUUCUAAGAUGGAGAGAAAGGUACAUUCCCUUCUAAGAUGGAGAGAAAGGUGAACAUUCCCUUCUAAGAUGGAGAGAAAGGUGAACAUUUUCAGUUACAAUUUGUACUAAUCAUGGCACAUGGUUUCAUUUGUUUGUCAAAUUGAAGUGCAUUUUUCAUCACGUGCUGCCAGUUCAUGCAAGUUCAUUUUGGUAAAAGAAAUUUUGCCCUUCGCACAGUUGUGCUAGCAGAUGCUUUUGGUAAAUAUAUUGUUAAUUUUUCAGUUGUUCCCCUUAUGUGUUCACAUACGUGAUAAACCAUUGUAAAUUAUUCACUAGCUUGUUAAUUACUUCUUACGUCCUAGUAUAAACAUUUCCUUUUAUUUUGGGAUAUUACAAAAUGUUUGCCACCAUUCCAGUUCCAAUCAUAAUACUAUUCUAUACUACUUUCGCAACUGUUAGCUAUUCAAAUUCAUUUAACUGUUAACAUUUUAAAAUUUGAUAUGAUCUUCUCUUCCAAACUAGUUUUUCAACCAUUAGUUUACUAUAUGAGAGGGGAUUACCAAAAUAUCAUCAAAUUUAAUCGUGUCUUCCGUUCAUCACCUACUGUGAGCUCAUCCUACCCCCAAUUGAUAUCUUUCUACGGAUGAUUCAUUAAGAGUGUAGUUUUCUGGUUAACAUGAGUCCACAUGGUCCAUUACAUAUUUAAUUUCUCUUUAUUUUUGUGUACGGACUUUGCACUUAAUCGUGUGUAGUGUACUUAUUUCCUAGAAUCUGAGUUCUGAUGAAAUUUGCCAUUGCACACAGUUUUCCUGUCUUAUAUUAUUUCUUGUAUUAGUACGUUGUUAUAAAAACGUACUACUUAUCAGAAACAGAAAAUAUUUUAAUAUAUUCUAAAGUAGGUUAUUACAUCACUUCAAUGGCUGCUAAUGAUAAUCGCCAUACCAUCAAUCUAUUUUAUUUUUGAUAAAAUUGAAGCUUUAUUAAUGUGAUGGGAUUACACUGCAUAAAUGUGUAUACUACAGUAGAAAAUCUUUCAAUCUUUCAUUCUGAUGUACUAUGGUUUGUUGCAGCGAAUCUCCUAAAGGUGCAAAUGAUGCAUCAACAUUUCAGAGAAAGCAACUUCAGUCUCUUUAUUCAAGCUCCUGAGGAAGUUCUUCCAUGGUUCUUAGAUUUCUCAUAUCCUUAUCAAAAAGUGAGUUCUUCCAUGGUUCAGCUAGCAGUGGAGUGCAUCUUUUGUUCCACAUGCAUUCGCUUUGUGGAAUGUUGUCCACAGGAAGGGCUCACAGAGAAGCUUUGGAUGGGACUUGAGAAAUUUGUAUUCGAUUGGCUCAUAAAUGCAGACAGAGUUGUUAGCCAGGUUGAAUAUCCUUCGUUGGUUGAUUUGCGGGGGCUUCUUCUGGACUUAGUUGCUCAACUCCUUGGUGCUCUAUCUCGGAUCAGAUUUAGCUUAGUGACAGAACGCUUUUUCCUGGAACUCAAUACCCGGCGUAUAGAUACUAAUGUUGCUCGCAGUGAAGCACUUAGUAUUAUAAAUGGGAUGCACUAUCUGAAGCUAGGGGUGAAGGCAGAGGGUGGACUGAAUGCGUCAGCUUCGUUUAUGGCUAAAGCUAAUCCUCUGAAUCGUGCUCCUCACAAACGAAAAGCGAACUUCAUCAUGCCUUAUGCAAUAUGCUAUCCAACAUCCUAGCGCCUCUUGCAGAUGGUAGAAAGGGUCAAUGGCCUCUUUCAAGCGUAGAUCCUGCACUAACUCUUAUGGUAUGAAGCUGUGACACGAAUAAGGAUACAGCUCAUGCAUUGGAUGGUUAAACAGAGCAAACAUAUCUCUGUUGGCUAUCCUUUAGUGACGCUUCUUCUGUGUCUUGGUGAUCCACAUGUUUUUGUCAGUAACUUUGGUCCUCACAUGGAGCAACUGUAUAAGCUUCUGAAGGAAAGAACCAUCGAUUCAUGGCCUUAGACUUCUUACAUCGUGUACUGAGAUUCUACUUGAGUGUUCACGGUGGUUCCCACUCUCGAGAUCGUUUGUGGGAUUACCUUGACAGUGUGACAUCACAGCUCCUUACAGUUCUCAGAAAAGGCGUGCUUACACAGGAUGUACAACAUUAUAAGCUAGUCGAAUUCUGCGUGACUUUUUCUGAACAUAACAUUGAAUUUGCUAUGAACCAUAUGAUAUUGGAGUUACUGAAGCAAGGCAGUCCAAGUGAAGCGAAAGUUAUCGGUCUUCGUGCUUUGGUUGCCAUUGUCAUGUCUCCUACUAGUCAGCGUGUUGGCUUGGAAAUUCUCCAUGUUCGUGGUAUUGGCCAUUUCAUCCCAAAAGUGAAGGCUGCAAUUGAGUCAAUUUUGAGAUCUUGUCAUAGGACAUAUAGCCAGGCUCUUCAUACUUCUUCAAGGACCACUAUAGAAAGAGCAUGUUUAGAAAAGGUUAAAAAUGGGCUUAAAGAGAGUUAGAUGGUUACCCGAAGAAAGUACGAAUUGAAAGACUGAAUGCUAGAAGUCGUGAUUUGUUGACACGGGGUUAUGGUACCAUGCUUUGUGGUCUUGUGUACCUUGAUUCAUGUCGUCCCAAUUUGGGACUAUGGUUAGGAGCCAUGCUUUGUGGUCUUGUGCACUACCAUGACAUGUUGAUUUGAUUGGUGAUCAUGGCACGAUGCUGUGUGGUCUUGCAUGUGUCCCCUUAUAAAUACUCCAAUCCUUGCGGCAAACUCGAAUUAGAACUCUUGAUGGUCCUCUAAGAAACACAAGUGGGACCUUGAGCUGGAGAACAUCAACAGUCGGAGGCAAAGUGCUUCCGGCCUCUUGAGUCCUAUGCCUCCUGAGUUGAAUAUUGUUCCUCUAACUGCUGUCUGUCUGGCCCAACUUCUUCCAUCACUGGUGAACAUGUCAGGGCCAUUAAUGGGAGUACGAACUUCAACAGGAAAUCUGCAAAGUCGCCAUGUCUCUCGAGACACUGGAGAUUAUCACAUUGAUACCCCAAAUACUGGGGAAGAAAGGUUGCACUUGGCGGCUGGAACACAUGCUGUUAAUGCAAAAGAACUUCAAACAGCAUUUGCAAGGUCAUCAGCAGCACCUACUCACUUAUGCAUACAUAGCCUUGAUUUUACUUUGCUGAAAUUGCCUAUGUGAAUGAUGAAGAUUUCGAGAGCAUUUACCUUUGCUCUUUCAUGUCACUUCCGUCUCCAUGGAUAGUUCAGAGGAUAUCAUCUUUGAGCAUUGUCAGCACCUUCUUGUUAAUCUGUUGUAUUCCCCUUCUGCGCAUCACUUGGAAUUGUAUGAUGUUGAAAAUAGUGAUGGAGAGAACAAACAGCAAGUAAUGAGCUUGAUAAAGUAUGUUAAAUCUAAGCAAUAGAUGAAUUGGAUACUGUUUUCAUGGCUUACACCCAUGGUGAGAUCAAAAGUAUAGAACACUUUCUAGCAUGUGUUUCACCAUUACUAUGCAAUGAAUGGUUCCCCAAGCACUCGGCUCUAGCAUUUGGGCACCUCCUAUGUCUUCUUGAGAAGGGGCCAGUUGAAUAUCAUCGUGUCAUACUUCUUAUGCUGAAGGCAUUGCUUCAGCAUACUCUGAUGGAUGCUUCUCAAAGUCCACAUAUGUAUGCAAUUGUAUCUCAGUUGGUAGAGAGCACUUUGUGUUAGCCCCCUUGCAGAGCUGUAGCUUACCUGGAUCAAAUUCGCAUGAGCUGGGAAAAUUUGAGAAUGGACUUGCUGCCGCUGAAAAGAUUCUUGCACCUCAGACCUCAUUUAAGGCUUGUUGUGGGCCAUUGCAGUUUGUAUUGCUAGGACUUGGACACCGUGAAAUAAAAAGAUCUUGACGAUGAAGAUGAGGAUGAAGAUGAGUCCUAAUUUGACGUAGGGUGGUGAUUACUGGAAGAAAACACAUUCUAAAUGUUGUGAGCUCCACUGAAGUUUAGUUUAGUUUAGUGAGUCAUGAUAUGUGAUUUACCUUCUCGAUGUAGAGAUUUAUCUUUUCCAUUUGGUUGUUUUUUGUUUUUCGUUCAAUAUAUUUCAAUUUCUACGGUUCAAGUUGAUUCACUCUAUUUUAAGUAACCUAAAGUUGUUUCUA